GAGCUGUCUUUGACGGAGCUAGCUGGCUCCGAUCUGAUGAGCCUGUUGCUUUGUGGGUCAAGUGGAGAGGGAAAUGGCAGGUAGGAAUUCGAUGUGCAAGGGCUGACUGGCCAUUAUCAACUUUGAAAGCAAAGCCAACUCAUGACAGGAAGAAAUAUUUUGUAAUAUUUUUUCCCCAUACAAGGAAUUAUUCUUGGGCAGAUAUGCUACUUGUUCGAUCAAUUAAUGAGCUUCCAGAGCCUAUUGCUUAUAGGACACACAAAAUUGGACUAAAAAUGGUUAAAGAUUUGACAGUUGCCCGGCGUUACAUAAUGCAAAAGCUGGCUGUAGGAAUGCUGAAUAUAAUUGAUCAAUUUCAUUUGGAGGCUUUGAUAGAGACAGCUCGUGACGUGAUAGUAUGGAAGGAAUUUGCUAUGGAGGCUUCCCGCUGUAAUGGUUAUUUUGAUCUUGGACGAAUGCUUUUGAAGCUUCAAAGU